AUGCAACGCACCGCCAUCCUCAGAAUGCAACGCACCUUGGCGAGAAGUAUGCCGAUCGACACAGAGCCUGGAGCGUCGGCGUUGCAGCCGUGGCGCAAGCCAAUCAACUACAAGUCCUACAAGAGCCCACACGGCCCACAGUACAAGGUGCCGUUCAAUGUAUACGGCAUCGACGCCAAGACUCUGAUCGGCUGGUCCAAGAUCGGAGCUGGUUUCGGGAUUGUGGCAGGUACCGCCGCGCUCUUCUUUCUCGAUGGCGUGCCGCGUGUCAAGAAGGACAUCCUACAGAAGCUUCCGUUGAUUGGCAGCUACUUUAUCGACUACGUACCACCGGAGGACAACCCCUUUUAA